CAGUACAAUUUCUUCUUCUUCCUGAUGUCUUGCGGCAGAAGUAGAAAUCGCAGAGCUCCCAUUAAUCCCGACCAAAUCCGCCAAAAAGCAUCGCCAUAAACCCUCGCUUCCACAAAGCCUUCCGCUUAUUCAACCCCCACCGCGCCAGGCAAGCCGCCGCCGCCGCAGCCGCACGCCGCGAUGGCGCCGGAGCCGGAGCCGGAGGACGGGAGGGAGCUCUACGCGCUGCUCCACCUCUCCCCGGAGUCCUCCGACGAGGAAAUCCGCAGGGCCUACCGCCAAUACGCUCAAAUCUACCACCCCGACAAGUACCAGGACCCCCAGAUGAAAGAUGUGGCAACUGAAAACUUUCAGCGAAUACGUGAUGCAUAUGAGGUACUAUCGGAUGAGAACAAAAGACAGAUCUAUGAUAUCUAUGGUAUGGAAGGUUUAAAUUCCGGCCUGGAACUUGGCCCCAAGCUAAAUAAACCAGAGGAAAUAAAAAGGCAGUUGGACGAGCUGCGACGCCGUAAGGAGGAAGAGAAAUUUUUCGUCCAUGCUCGAUCCACUGGAUCAGUAAUUGCUAAUUUCUCUGUGCCACAAUAUUUGGAUGGCGACAACAUCAUGAAAGGAAUGGGAAUGUCUAGUCAAAUUGAGCUGCCAGUAUCCAAGCUAAACACUGUCACUGUUGGUGGAAAUUUGGUCGUCAAUGGUGCAGCUGGAACUGGUGCAGCAACCGCUGUGCUGCGGCACCAGUUGUCUUCAGUUUCUUCGAUUGACUUUAUGGCAACAGUUGGAUUACGUUCCCUUAUUGGAGUACAGACAUUUCGUCAGAUUUCACCAAAUUCAACAGCAACUUCCGGACUUGCUCUCUCAUUGAGAGACGGAUCUAUCAACCUGUCAAAUGGCUGGACCCGCCAAUUAUCUGAAAACACUGUUGGCAAUAUACAACUUGUCCUUGGUAAUGAAUCAAAUAUAUCUGUGGGAUGGCAAAAGAAGGACGAAAAGUUUUCUGCGACAGGAGAAGUAAAGAUUGGUACCAAUUCCUUCGGUGCAUCUGCUCAUUACACCCAUCAUUUCUCUUCCAAGUCGCAUGGUCGUGUUGCUGGUAGAGUUGGGAGCACGGCCCUUGAUUUUGAAAUUGGAGGGGGGAGGCGGAUAUCAGAGUUCAGUACAGUAAGGAUGCUGUAUAAUAUAGGAAUCCAGGGUGUCUCUUGGAGAUUUGAGUUAAAUCGUGCUGGGCAAAAGUUAGUUAUCCCAGUCUUGCUUUCAACUGACCUCAAUGCGUUAUUUGUCACCGGUGCAUUUGCUAUUCCUUCAACACUAUAUUUCUUACUUCAGACAUAUGUUGUGAAGCCUUACUAUCUAAAGAGAGAAAAACAGAAGACACUUGAAAAAAUGGAUAGCUUGUCUACACAGCUAACAGAAGCUAGACAAGCAGCUAAAAAAGCACAAAGAUUGUUGGAACCUGUCUCCAAUCGGAAGAAGAAUAAACAGCUGGAGAAUGACGGUUUGGUAAUCACAAAAGCUCUAUAUGGCGAUCGUAAAAAAAUCAAAGAGAGUAGUGAAUUGAGUGACAUAGAUGAUAAUAUUGCUUCACAAGUAUUAGAUGUGACGAUCCCACUGAACUUCCUCGUGACUGAGGCAGGUCAGCUCAAGCUUCAUGAGGGGAUAAAGAAGUCUGGAAUAAUGGGCUUCUAUGAUCCUUGCCCUGGAGAUCCAAAGCUACUGCUUGUCGAAUAUACGUUUCAUGGUCAGCAAUACAAGGUAAUGGCAGAUGAUUAUGGUGCGCUGUUGAUACCGCAAGACAUUCAUCGAAUUUGACCUCAUAAUGAUCCGAAGCAGCGUCUUCAAACACUUGGCCACACUGUAAUCUUCAUAGUUUUUUUGUGCUGAUAUGCUCUUUCCGUUUUUUGGGUAUCAUUUCCGUGCGUGAGACCCUUUUGUUGUAUACAUGCGUGGGCUUGUACCCACUGAGAUGAGGGAUAGAAGUGCCAUGUCCCAACAAUAAGAUGGAAGUCAAUAAAAGGUUUACACCAUUAGCUCA